AGCAAGAUUUCGUCGCGCCGGCGCUCACAGUCUCGUACUCCUCGCCUACAAUGGCGUCUCCCUCCAGCUCCUGCGAGGUCGUGGACCUCGCCUUGGCAGCAAGCUGCGACGAUGCAUCCUCAAAGCUCUUCUUCAGCAGAGACGGCGGCGGCGACUUGUCUUGGCCGGCGGCGGCGGGGAUCUCGUCCGCGCUGACCGACCAAAAAUCGCUGGUUGCCCUGUGCGGCAAAUACGGGGUGCCCAGGGAGUUGAAGCCCGUGUGCGCCGACACCUUGAGGUGCGGGGUGUGCGAGACGCCGCCCGAGGGCUCGAAUGCCCUGUGCAUCUACUCCGACGCGCUCGAGGCCGGUCUGCGGUUCCCGCUCCAUGACUUCUACCUCAAGCUCCUCCGGCACUACCGCCUGGCGCCGAGCCAGUUGGGCCCUAAUGCGUGGAAGUACAUGGCGGCGUUCGUGCUGCGCUGCAAGGAUGCCGGCGUGGAACCGCUGGUAUCUGCCUUCCGAUACUUCUUUUCCGUGUACACUCACAAGCGCCAAGACAAGCCAUUGGGAUGGCACUAUUUCAAGCCCUGCGCCGGCCGCCGCCUCUUCACAGGCACUCUGCACACCAAGUACGGCUGGAAAUCAAGGUUCUUCUUCCUUAAGUCCCCGCAGGGGAUGCCGUGGAAGUGCCCGGUGGCGUGGGGCAAGCCCAGGAUGGAGGACGCCCGCACAGUGGAGCUCACGGAUGCGGCGAUAAACAAGCUGAUGCAGAUGCCAUGCAUUGAUUUGAAGUACUUCUUGAGCCUCGACGCCCCGCCCGUCGGCGCUCUCACCCUGCUGCAGCUGCACUCCACGACCGCGCCCAUGAUGAAACCAGAAUCCGCAGCGGCCAGCGCCCAAGCACUCGCUCUUACCUCAGUGCACCAGCUGCACGCGGCAUUGGAAGCGGGGGCAAGAGCACCCAGCGCCGCCGGCGAGGGUGGCGACUCGACGCGGCGGAAGCGCAGGUGUCCAGGUCUGGGCCCGGCGUCCGUGACCGUGACACCUCCGAUGCCUCAAAGAUUUGCCAUUUCGGCGCCGCCGCUGCCGCUGCAGGGAAUGGGAUCAAUGACGCCAUGUGAGACAUCGUUUGAUGGAGCCUGGGGCGACAGCGACAUCUCCAUGCCACCGGGGAUUUGGCCAAGUGACGCCCUCUGUAUGUACGAUGCUAUGGUGGGAAUUGAUGCUGAGGUCCGAUUGCAAGAUAAGGAGCAGGAGACAGAUGCCAAGGCAGCCCAGCAGAUCGCCCACCUUCAGGAUCAGCUGCGACAGGCCAACGCCGUGAAUGAGAAGUUCAUGGACUACUUGGUUGCGGCCAGAGCCGAGAAUGCACAGCUCAAGGAGAAGUACGCCUCUGAGAUGGCCAAGCUCAAUCAGGAGCACGCCUCUGAGGUCACCAAUCUCAAUCAGGAGCACGCCUCUGAGAUCGCCAAGCUCAAUCAGGAGCACGCCUCUGAGGUCACCAAGCUCCAGGACGAGCAUCACAAGGCAAGCACCGUACAUGCCGAGAAGGUGAAGGCGGAGCGCAUGGUCGAAAUGGCUAAGCUCCAGGAAGAGCACGCUGCUGAGGUUGCCAAGCUCAACCAGGCGCAUGAUGCUGCCGUCGCCUGGCUCAUGGAGGAGCACGAGGUCGAGGUUGCCCGCGUGAAGCACACAGCGGAGGAGGUGGCGGUGGAUGUGGUGCAGGAUGCAAAGGACAUAGUGCUCGCCCUAUUCCCGGACCUGGAUGCCUCAUUGCUGUUCAGAUCAUGAACCAUUCUACAUGGAGGAGUUCCUUAUUUUGAUGAUCGCCAUCCUUCGUGUUGAGAUAGAGUUCCAAGAGUCCAGUAGGAGAAUUCCAGUCUCUUCUGAUGGUAUGGUGAAGAACCUAGCUACCUGGUCAAAAUGAUUUUGGCAUGACCAUGGUGUAGCUCUGGAGUAUAUCAUCAGUUUGUUAUGUUCUCGUCUGCUAUAUGUAAUAUAUGAUGAGAUUGACGAGUGAAUACUGGUGAUGUAGUGGACCUGGUGGUCUUUUGCUUUCUAAAUAUUGAACUGUUUUAACCUAAAUCAGUCACAACUAGAUUAGAUCCAUGAUAAAUAGGAUCAUCACUGCCUGAAAUGCUCCCCAAACCUUCCUCCUGAUCUAGUUCAGUGAAAAACACUGCAGAUGGUAAUGGAAAUGAGGAUGGAGGAUUGGGAUAAUGAAUGGUGUGCCUGAUUAUGCAACACCUGACUCUGGGCUACGUGAUGGGUUUUCUGUUUGCCGUGGUGCGUGUCCUGAUGAAGGCCAUGUGAACUGAGGCACUCUACUUAACCUUAUAUGGGUUGAAGCCUUUUAGUAUGACCCUGUUUAGAUCAUGGUCAGCCUGUUUGGAUACACAAGUAGCUAAUAGUUGGUGUGGUUGGGUGCUUUUCGGAUCAGCAGCAAAAAUAUGCAUGCACUGGUGGUUGUCUAUAGUGUUCUUUCUUUCUUUAAUCCUUUAUUUACUAAAUGGCAUGUAGAUAGAGAUAGAAGGAUUUUUUUUUUCAAUCUACUAGCUGUUACUAUUAGCUGGAUUGAGAUACUGAACUGUUAGGUGAGAGGAUCUAAACACGUCUAAUAUCAUGUCAAGGUGCGCACGUGACUAAAAAAAGAACCAUGAGAUGAAGGAAGAGAUCUCAAUGAAAUGAGCAGGUAAAUAUUCAGAAGCAGGGUCUAUAUAAACGAAUGG